UCCUAGCGAUUUGCCGUCGCCAGGUCGUCCAUCACCGCUUCUGGCUGCUGCCUCCUCCAAUCCCCCAGCUCCGCUCUGCUUGCGGGAAGUUCCAACCACUGGAAAAUGGUGGCAACAGCCGAGCGGCCGGAGGCAGGGUAAAGGGAAGUCUCCAAAAUGUCUGCACAGCAAUUGAAAUCCUCUCAGCGCAGCCCGUUACUUUACUCUGCCAGUGGCGUCAUGCAGAACUUUUGGAAGUACAGGAUUGGGGAUGAUUCCUCUAACAAUGGCAAGAAGAAAUUAAAGCUAAGGGGCAAAGAGCUACAAUCAGUUCCUCAGGAGAUAUUUGACUUGAGGGAGCUUCAAGUGCUGGAGAUGAGCCCAAAAUGGGAAAGCUGCUUGAAUUAUAGGAUGGGCACUGUCCCUCAAGAAAUUGGUCAGCUGUCUGCCCUUACUGUGCUGAAUUUGGACACCAAUGAACUGCGAGACAUCCCACCUGAGAUUGGGGCCCUGAAAAAUCUGGAAACUUUGACCCUCAGUAACAACCAACUGAUCUGCCUGCCCGUUGAGAUAGAAAAGCUGCAAAAGUUGCAGAGCCUGCAUCUGGCCAACAAUAAUUUCCUGGAGAUCCCUGGCCAGGUGUGCCAGCUCCGCCGCUUGACAUUUCUGGAUGCCUGUGACAACAAGAUAAAGUUCAUCCCUCACAGCGUUUGCAACCUGAAGUCUUUGGAGACUAUGCUCCUGUAUUUUAAUGCAUUGCAGAGCCUGCCUGAUUCUAUCUGCAGUCUCACAAAGUUGCGCACCCUCUGGCUAGGAAAUAAUAGCCUAAGGAGCCUUCCCAUCCAAUUUGGGCACCUCAUCAAUCUUGAUUGGGGCUCCAGCCCCUCUUCUGCAAAUUUUGAGGGCAAUCCACUCGAAUCCCCUCCUCCUAAAGUAUGCAGUGGUGGACCUGAAGAGAUCAGUCGUUUCUUCGCUAUGUGAAUGACUGAGGCAGAAGACCAAGUCAAUCAAUUUGCAAAGUGUAUAUUUAUAAUUAGCACAGUGCAUAGGUACCUAACUACAUUGAGCUAAUACUUCUUAAAAAAUGCUGUUACAUUUCUCUGAAAAAUGAAAUGAGGUUACCUAUCUCCAAGGAACAAAAAAAAUCUCAUGGUUGUUGUCAGCUCAGAUUAGAAAAUUAUGCAUUUUUUUGUGAAAGGAAUUAAUGAAUGUGGAAUUAAUGAAUGGGGAACUUAGAAAAUACUAACAGCCAUACAGUAGUUGGAAACUAGUGAUUGUGCUGUAUCACAUAAAGGAAUUAACUGACUUUUAGAAACAUAGAAAACCUACAGCACAAUACAAGCCCUUCGGCCCACAAUGCUGUGCCAAACAUGUACUUACUUUGGAAACUACCUAGAAUUAUCCAUAGACCUCCAUUUUUCUAAGCUCCAUGUACCUAUCCAAGAGUGUCUUAAAAGACCCUAUUGUAUCUACUCCACCACCAUUGGCGGUGCCCAUUCCACGCACUCACCACUCUCUAUGUAAAAACAACUUACCCCUGACACCACCUCUAUACCUACUUCCAAGCACCUUAAAACUGAGCCCUUCCGUGUUAGCUAUUUCAGCCCAGGGAAAAAGCCUCUAUCUUCACAAUUAAUGCCUUUCAUCAUCUAAUACACCUCUAUCAGGUCACCUCUCCAUUGCUCCAAGGAAAAAAGGCCAAGUUUGCUCGACUUUUGUAGUUUUAUUUCUGCAAUGCUGAUUGUUAGCCGGAGGAAUUUAAGGUGGGGGAUUAUAUGGGAGGCAGGGUUUGAGGGUCGGCACAACAUUGUGGGCCAAAGGGCCUGUAAUGUGCUGUACUAUUCUAUGUUCUAUGUAAAAGUAACAUUUGUUUCCGGCCAAUGUGAUGCAAUUAGCUUUCAAAAGAGAACCGAAUAAAAUUUAACAUCAAGUUGUUGUGCAGCCUGCCAAUUGAUGCCUUUGAAGUGAAGGACAUUCCUUCCAAGGGUGUCACUCCUGCUAUUCACCAGUCCAAGGAAAAAGAAAGGAUGAUUCUUGGCGAUUGUCAGAAUGGAAGCAAAGUCCUGAUGCAAAGACUGAGUAUGUCAGAAUUCCACAGGAGUUUAUCAGCUUAGCAAUGAACUGGCUUGAUUGGCACUUGGGGCUGCUGAAUGGAUGGAAGAUCAGUGAUUAGUGUGCUCCUCUCCCAAGGCACCCAGCUUCCAACCUCAAAAAUACAUCAAUGCCUUUGCUUUUGAAGUUGGCAGUCAAUAUUAGGUAUUUCUAGUCAAUAAACUCGGGAAUUGUCCCCAACUCCUCUCAAAUUUUAUUGGUUAAGAGAUUGGAAAGAGAAUGGCUAGAAGAAGGGGAAUAAACCCAAUUUGAGAGAUCAUUUGUAGUGUUAAAAUAGUGUUGCUGAUCUCCUGACAGCCUUAAGCAACUGUAGGCGGAAUAUAUUGUUCAAGCUGCACAUAUUUGUUAUUAAUUCUCUGCAAGCUUCUCAACUAUUAUUAGGACCCAAUAAGAUGUACUUUUGUGUGGAUAUCUUAUCAGAGCAGGACAGCUCAGCUGCCACUUAUGUUUUCAGGAAUAAAUUAAGAUAUAGGAGUCCACAGCCCAGUUAUUUGUUCUUAAAACAGAAGCUGUUGAAAAUACUUAGCAAGUCCAGAGGCAUCACUCUCUGUCCAUAUAACACAAUGUGACCUGCUGAAUGGCUCAGCAAAUUCUAUUUCAAAUCUCUAAUGGCUUCAGGUUUUGAUUUUCAGAUCAGAGGGAUAUUUGCCAUAAAAUCAGAAGUAGUAAGCUGUUAUUUCUUUACCAACCCAAGAAACAAAUCUUCAGAAUUAUGAUUUAGUUGAGGAAAAACUGUUUGUUAGUGGAAAGAGGGUAUGUAAGCAGAAGACACAGAAUUAAGGUACUUGGUGAAGCCAAAAAAGAAACGAAAUGAGAUGAAAUGAAAUUCUGUACAUGAUCCAUGAAGGUUGACGAAAACAAACUCAAUAGCAAAUUUCAAAACAAUAUUAUAGUGUUGGCCAUAAAGAACACUUUUUUCAUCAACUUCGGAGUGCCAUAAUAGUCCAAAUCAUUUCUCCCAAUUGUCUGUCUAUUGCAUGAUUUGCUACUUUCCCCUAAUCAGGGUGGGUCAUGUUUUGCCAUAAUGCUGCCUACACCCAUUAGUGGCUGUUAUUUGAUGUUGUACUUUGUUGAUCAACUGGAAAGGACUUCUGUUCCUUAUGAAGUUCAUGCCAGAAGACAAUAUUAGCAAAGGAAUUCCCAAUUCUAUAGAAAUUACAAAAUCGGCACAAAAUAAAACAAAAACUGGACAAUAAAGAAAAGUGAUUUGAUGGGAAAAUAAAUAAAGUGAUCAGAGAGAGAGGUACCCUGUUUCUGAAUGUGAGCACUUUAGGAUGUUGCUGUUGACUAACAAUUCUGUGUCAUGUCAACUUCUGAAGACAAUAAAAUAUUGUGUAAUUGAUUGGUUGGUUGAAAGUUAUUCAGAUUGAUUGGUCCUGGUAAACAAGGCAAAAAAAUUAACACCAGACACAUGAAUAGAUUUUCUUAAAAAUUGUAUUGGUCUCUGUGCUGUCAUCAACAACAUAUAGGAAUUGAUUUUGAAACCAAUUAACCAGCUAAAAUGAAUUGUGGGCAAGUUCAAGUUUGAGUUCACCUACACCUACAGUUUCAGCUUGGCAAGAUUUUAUAUUCAACAAAAUUUAAGUCAGCUAUAGUUUCUGCAAUAUCUAAAAUUGUAAUUCACUUACACAUGUUGCCAUGAUGCUGUUUUGACAAAUCCAGGACUGUAUUGUGUUAAUGAGACACCUUGAUGGUUUGAGAUGGUUAAAUAUUUACUAUUUACAAGCAGAUGGAACAUAUUGGCCAAAAGGAGGACAAAAAAUGUGAUACACUUCAGUUGACCUCUACCUUCAAGUACUCUUUCAAUGAUCACGUCCAUGCUGCCUCCCAAAGAAAGCAAUCAUAUCAGUGCCAUUCUCUCUCUUUACCCUAUAAGAUUCCUCACAAAUCCCUUUAUUGGAUUUUUGUUUGUCACUGACCUAUACAUAUAGUAGUAAUUUACAUUAAUCCAUUAACCAGCCAGUAUGUCCUUGAGAUAUGAGAGAACAUCAACAUGAUUAUGAAAUCAUGCAACAAAUUUCUACACAGAUACCAUUUGAGCUUAUUAUUAGCUCUGGAAGAUUCACCCUGUCCAUGCCAUUGUUCACCAGCCCAAAUAUUAUUUCUACCAGCAAAAAUAAGGAGGCAUGUAUUUUUUAAAAACAUUGAUGGAUUGGUAUUACACAGUAGAAUAUGGAAUAGUGUGACAACAGACCAUUCAACCUAUAAUGUUGCAUCAAACUAAUUAAGCAAAUGAUCUCUAAUUAGACUAAUCUCAGCUGCUUGCUCAUGGUCUAUAUCCCUACCUCUGUGCAUUAAUGUGCCUAUCUGACACCUUUAUCACAUCUGUCUCCACAACCUUUCCUGGCAUUCCUACGCUGUAUAAAGAAAAACUUUCCCUCAUCAUCUUUUAUGCAUGUUCAAUGUAUUAGACCUGACCCUGAGGGAGAAAGGUACCAGCUAUCUAUCUAUGCUAUCAUAAAUUUUUAUCAGGUCUCACAUCAGCCUGCACCUUUCAGAGAAAUCAAUCCAAGUUUGUCUAACUUUUCCUUGUUGUACAUUUUCUCUAAUCCAAGCAGCAUCCUGGUAAACUUCUACUACACCCUCACCAUUGUGCCCUCCACUUUGGCUAUCCCAUACGUAAUUGCAUCUCAUUCUUUUUGAGUACUUGUACAAUAUUGUUGCAACUCAUUGCAGCAUUCAAGUUCCAGAGACAGAAACAAAAACAAAAUUAAAUUUAUAUUCCCAGUUAUUCUACAGUUACCAAUCUCAGAAACAGAUCAAUGAAAUAUUGUAUUUGAUUUGAUAUUCUAUAUGCUCACAUUUAGAAAAGGAGGCUGCCUACAUAGAUAGAAAUCAAAUGUAGCUAUUUAUCUAGAAAUACCACCUUAUGUUGCAUUCUAAACUGGAUUCUGGAUGAGUAUCUUUGGGUGAGAUGACAACGGAAAGUGGGCAUUGCAUUCUCAUUAUGGAUUUAUUGACAAUGAAGUUUGUUUACUGAUAGUUCAUGAAAGGGGGUAAGAUAGGUGGAGGGGCAGAUAGUGUUGAGGAAGCAGAGAAGCUACAGAAGAUUUGAAAGGAUUAGGAGAAUGGACAAGGAAGUGGCAGAUGGAAUACAGUGUCAGGGAGUGUAUGAUCAUGUACUUUUGGCAGAAGAAAUAAAAGUGUAGACUAUUUUCUCAAUCGAGAGAAAAUCCAAAAUAUGAGGUGCAAAGGGACUUGAGGGUCCUCAUGCAAAUGCAUUGACCCUGAAGGUCAAUUUGCAGGUUGAGUUGGUGGUGAGGAAAGCAAAUGCAGUGUUCUGGUUUAUCAGGUUUAUUAUCACUGGCAUGUGUCGUGAAAUAUGGUGACUUCACAGCAGGAGUUCAGUGCAAUUCAUGAUAGUACAGAAAAGAGAAAAAAUAAAUAAGUAAAUUACAGUAAGUUUAUUCGGAGAAGUGCGCAGAUGCAGUAGCUCAUCACUGCACAAGGCCGCUGAGACGAUCUAAAAAGGAAGGAGUUUCUUUCAACGGAAGAUUUGAUUGGGAGAAAUGUACAGACGCAGCAGCUAAUGAUCACGCAAGGCCACUGAGCAGGUUCCAGGAUAAAAGGGUGACACUGCCUAGCAGAGUGGUCAUCGCAGGAGCUGUCAUUGGAGUAGCGUGAGGUGGAGUAGUAGGGCUUUGGCGAGGACGGGCCUAGGUGAGGUAAGGAGGUAAGUUACUUUCAUAUCUCUUUGUUGCUCUAACUUAAGAGUAGUGGGUAUGUCUGCAAGGCCAGUUUUCUGCUUUGCGUGUCUGAUGUGGGAUGUCCGGAGAUUUCCACCCUCCCUGAUGGUCACAUAUGAGGCGGGUGAGUCGAACUGCAGUUCCUUAGAGACCAAGUUAAUGAACUGGAGCUGCACCUUCAGCUUGUUAGAGAAAGUGAGGAAUGAUAGACAGGAGCUACAGGCAGGUAGUCACAACAGGGGACAUGAGACAGAUAAGUGGGUGACUGUCAGGAGAGGGAGGGGAGAGCAUCAAGUAGUGGAGAAGCACCCCUGUGUCAGUCCCCAGUCACAAUAAGCACUCCAUUUUGAGUACUGAUGGGCAUGGUGCUACCUGGGGGAAGAACAGUGGCCAUGCCUGUGGCAUUGUGUCUGGCCCUGUGGCUCAGAAGGGUAGGAAACUGAAGAGGAUGGCAGCAGUAAUAAUGGACUGUAGAGUUAGGGGUACAGAUAGGCGAUUCUCUGGGCAUGAAAAUGAAACACGGAUAUCUCACGGAUGGGAGAUUUUGACUUUCUGAGUAUUGACUGGCAUCUUAGAGCAAGGAGUUUAGAUGGGGUGGAGUUUGUUCAGGAAGGUUUCCUGACGCAAUAAGACUGGAGGAGAGACUGUACUUGAUCUGGUAUUGGGAAAUGAAACUGGUCAGACUGGAGGACACAGCCUCAGAAUAGAAGGACAUCCAUUUAAAAUGGAAAUGAGGAGAAUCCGUGGAAUUUGGUACCAAAGGUGGUUGUGGAGACCUAUUGGGUAUACUUAGGCAGAGGCUGUUAGAUUCGUGUUUUGUCAGGGCAUGAAAGAUUACAGGGAGAAGGCAGGAGAGGGAAAUGAAUCAGCCAUUAUGAAGAUAUGGAGCCAACUCGAUGGGCCAAAUGGUCUAAUUCUGCUCCUGUAUCUAAUGCAAGGUAGGAUCCGGUAUUUGGACAAUUUUAAUGCCGGUCUAGAUAGACUGGGGGCUCCUUUCUCUGUGGCUCUGGGGCUGUGAGGCUACCCCAGGCUGCUAUGCUUCAUGUCAGCGAAAUUUGUAGCAGUUUGCCCUGCUGAUAUGAUGAACUGAAUACCAAGGCUUUGGGCCUGCUCCAGGGAUUUGUAUCUAAGGGCUCAAUUUGGUUUGGAAUGCUGCUGUGUUGCUCAUUUCUGUUGUUUGUAUGAUUUGUGUUUUUUACUCUUUUCUCUGCGUGUUGGGGGUCGAUCUUUAUUUUUUUUUAAUUGGAUUUUUUUGGGUUUCUUGCUUUGUAUCUACCUGUAAGCAGACAAAAAUCACAGUUAUGUAAGUUAUGCAUUCUUUGAUAAUAAAUGUACUUGAGAAAAAUAUUUUAUGGUCUUAUGGAAAUAAAUGUUUAAUUUAA